AUUCAACGGUCGUACCACAAAUCCUUUUCUCCAUUGGUAAAGUGAAAUGAGACGGAAAAAAAAAAAGAAGAAGAAGAUGGUUUACAACCGCGUAAAUGUAUGAAGAAAGCAAGAGGAAAGGGAAGAAUGGUACGUAAAAUGUAAGCAAAAGAAAAGACAAUCAUUCAAAAUAAAAAAGAUAGAAAUCUUUUCGAUAUUUUCAUUUUUAAAAUGAAGAGACAGUAUUGAAAAGAGAAAGAAUCGAAUUCGAAAUUUAUAUCGCUAUCUUGUGCAUGGGAGAGUAUGCAAUUGAUUCGAUUUCAUGGCCACUGACGAAUUUUCAGCUUUUAUUUACAUAUAAAAAGGCCUAUGGAGAAGGAGAAGAGAACCAUCAUUCCACCGCUCAUCCUGCCAGCUUCCUACCGAAAUCAUACCAACUAGGGUUUGUUCUUCUUCUCUUUUCCAUUUUUGACAAUUUCAGAUUCAAGAGGAAUUUCAACUUUUUGAUGAGUAUUUGUUUCAUUGAAUUGUAAUCAUUUUGACUUCGAAUUGUGAAUAAAACUUAUUUGUGGAAACGCCUCCCUGUCUAAUUAAGCUACUGUAUUUGUACAACCACCUCGUCGAUUCAGUAUGGGUUACGUGAAUCAUGAUCUUGAUGACCAGAACUCGAACCAAGGUUUAGUGCUACAGAAUGGAAAAGAAAUCCUAUUCCAGGCUUUCAACUGGGAGUCACAUAAAUAUAAUUGGUGGAGAACACUAGAAAGAAAAGUCCCUGAUAUUGAAAAGUCGGGGUUCACGACAGCAUGGUUGCCACCAGCAACCAAUUCCUUCGCACCAGAAGGUUACCUACCUCAGGACCUUUAUUCUCUCAACUCCUCAUAUGGUUCUGAGCAUAUGUUAAAAGCUUUACUGUAUAAAAUGAAGCAGCAUAGAGUUAGACCAAUGGCAGACAUAGUUAUUAAUCAUCGUAUUGGAACUACCCAAGGGCAUGGAGGAAGAUAUAACCGCUAUGAUGGGAUUUCAUUAUCAUGGGAUGAACGCGCUGUUACAUCUUGUACUGGUGGAUUGGGAAACCGAAGCACUGGAGACAACUUUAACGGGGUUCCAAACAUAGAUCAUACACAAACUUUUGUUCGGAAAGACAUCAUCAAGUGGCUACAGUGGCUCCGAUAUGAUGUUGGUUUCCAGGAUUUCCGUUUUGACUUUGCAAGAGGGUACGCACCAAAAUUUGCAAAAGAGUAUAUUCAGGAGGCUAAACCAAUAUUUUCUGUUGGCGAAUACUGGGACUCCUGUAGCUACAAUGGAUGCGGCUUGGAGUACAAUCAAGAUAGUCAUAGGCAGCGGAUUAUCAAUUGGAUUGACAACACAGGAGGGCUUUCCACUGCAUUUGAUUUCACAACAAAGGGAAUUCUUCAGGAAGCUGUUAGGGGAGAACUGUGGCGUUUACGUGAUGCUCAAGGAAAACCACCAGGGGUGAUGGGGUGGUGGGCAUCUAGGGCAGUCACGUUCCUUGAUAACCAUGAUACAGGUUCCACACAGGCUCACUGGCCUUUCCCCUCUAGUCAUGUUAUGGAGGGUUAUGCUUAUCUACUCACACAUCCGGGAAUACCAUCCGUGUUCUAUGACCACUUUUGUGAUUGGGGAGAAUCUAUUCACGAUCAAAUUGUGAAGCUGAUGAGCAUUCGAAAAAGUAAAGGAAUUCAUAGUCGAUCAUCUAUAAAGAUUGCUGAGGCCCAGCCAAAUCUCUACUCAGCAUUCAUCGGGGAAAAAGUGUGCAUGAAGAUUGGAGACGGGACCUGGUGCCCAGCUGGGAAAGAAUGGACUCUAGCAACUUGUGGUCACCGAUAUGCAGUCUGGCAGAAGUAAAAACGCCAUUUCCUUGGUAGCUAAUGUAUUUAUGAAUAAGACGGACAAUCUUUUGUUUUAGAGAUUGUUGAUUAUUACUAGAGUAUACGUAUGCGGCAUUUUAUCACUCACAUGUAACAGCUUUACGUUCUUUGUAAAAGGUUACCAUAUGGAUUCAUUAGUAAGUCCUCUUGAUGAUCAAUCAUAUUUAAGGCGUAAGAAAUCUGUAAUUGCAGAAACCAUAUCCAAGAAAUAAAAUAAUCAAUCAGAUUCAUUAGUUA